AUGAAUGUAUCAAUACUGGUGAAAGAUGGAAAGCGUUGUGAUAAUGCUAGUGCUGUCGGUGGACCAGAUACAAAUCCAGAACAUCUGCUGAAUUUGAGUGCCCUGCCUGACGGUUUACCAGAUUUGAAGAAUCAGUUUUAUCAACAAGCGAUGUGUCAGCCAGGCAAUGUGUAUCAGCAGAGUGCAUUCCCGUUUCCGCCAUUCGGUGCACAACCCUAUCCAGCAGCUCAAAACCCAUAUUACCCAUAUUAUGCAAAGUAG